CAUGCAAUUUGGACAGGUGCGAAUUGUCUACCUUGUAAUUUGUUUUUGUCUACAUUGGGAAUGGGACAAACCGGGUUAUGUUAUGGCUUCUGAUUCUGUGUUGUUAUACGGUGACAAAUGAAGUGAACAGGUGACACUAGGUGUACAGGGAUGCCGCCUGAUUAACGUAAUACAGGUGACAGGCGGGUACUUUGAACUAGUGACGAGAAAUUAAUCAAUUAGAUCUACUGUCAUUUUUGUUUGAAGAAAAUAAAAUUGCAAUACCAUUUCAAUAAUGAACGAUAUAAAAAUACAUUUUCUGUUGGAAUUAAUAACUGUCGCCAAAUGACAGUAUUGACUUGUAAAUUCAGACCUAGGAUAAUUUGAAAGAUACAGGUGUGGUUUGGAAUGUAGACUAAUAAGAUGUCACGCCUGUCUAGGUUUCUACCAAAGUUUCUUCGAGGAGAUAAAUCUGCAGGACAGAAGACUGGUGAUAAAAGCCAGUGUAAAAUAAUUUUCCUGGAUGAAACGGAAUAUUUCAUACCCUACAAGGGUGGGUUCAAAGGCCAGUAUGUACUUGAUAAAACGUUUGAGCAGUUGAAUUUGUUUGAGAAGGACUAUUUUGGACUUCGAUAUAUAGAUACAUCAGGACAGACACAUUGGUUGGACUGCAAUAAAACGUUGUCAUCUCAAUUAAAAGGUUGUUCAGUUCCAUACACAUUCUACUUUGGUGUGAAGUUUUAUCCUGCUGAUCCAUGCAAGUUAAAAGAAGAAAUUACAAGGUACCAGUUCUUCUUACAAGUAAAGCGAGAUGUACUUCAUGGAAGACUGCCGGUCAGUUUUGAGGAAGCUGCUGAACUAUUUGCUUAUGCUGUCCAAUCGGAGAUUGGGGAUUUUGAAUCCCAGAAGUUACCACCAGGGUAUGUGUCAGAAUUCCAGUUUGUGCCAAACCAGACAGACGAGUUAGAAGAUCAAAUUGCAAUAUUGCAUAGGAGACUGGCUGGUACAGUCCCAGCAACUGCAGAGCUCAAGUUUCUAGACAAGGUGAAAUGGCUGGACAUGUAUGGUGUAGACCUUCAUCCUGUUUUGGGAGAAAGCAACACGGAGUAUUUCCUUGGUCUCACGCCUACUGGAAUUGUUGUAUAUAAAAAUAAAACCAAAGUUGGAAAUUAUUUCUGGCCUAGGAUAACAAAGAUUAACUUCAAAGGAAAAGUUUUCAUUAUUCGUGUGAAGGACAAGAUAAAUGAUGAACACACCUAUGCGUUUGAGUUGGCAACAAAAUCAGCAUGCAAACAUCUGUGGAAAUGUUGUGUAGAACACCAUACUUUCUUCAGAAUGAAUCAGCUGGUUGCCUCCGCAUCUAGAACUAGUAAACCAUAUAGAUCUACUUCCCAACACAGAAAUAGUGGAAGACAGGAACGACAAAAUAAUGCAGACAACCUUGGUCGUGAGCAGCCACGUGUGUUACGUGUACAAAGUAGACGUCAGGCACGUAGAGCCAUGUCAGAUACUCGACUGCACCAAGGUGAUACAGUGACAGGGUUACAGUACAAUGAGGGACAUGUUACCAUGGUUGUCACACCAGAACAUGUGAAAGGUUCACGGCACAGAAGUCUGCCUGAUUUGAAGGGGAGAGAAUCUCCUACAAGCACAAGGUCUGCUCCGUGGGAAACAAACAUGGACACUGGUAUGUACACAUCUGGUCGUGAGUCUCCGGUGUCCGUUACACAGAGUGAAAACGUUAACUACCUCCGACGUCACAGAGAAAGUGACAGUGAAAGUGGACAUAGAAGAAAACCAUAUAGACAGGGGUAUGAUAGUGAUGGAGGGACAAGAAAUAAAGCUUAUCAUAUUGAGAUGAACAGCUAUGACCAGUAUUCAGUCUCUCGUCGGUCUGGGUAUGAAAGCGACACUCGCAGCAGUGUACAUGGCAGUAUAAGACGAAGAAAAUAUUUUCCCAGCAGCAGAAAAGGUUCAGACAAUGAAAGUGAUGUGUCCUUCACAAGGAGAAGACGAAGAGAGAUGGAUUCAGGAAGUGAGUCUGAUAUUUCCCCAAAUUUCACAGCCAGACAGAGAAAGACAAAGAGUGUCGGAGCUGACCAGUUUGAAAAGGAAUGGCAAUCUGCUAUGCAAAAUGUAUAUUUGCCAGCCAAAGAGAACAGACCAAAUGGAUCAAUUCCGUCCAUACAUUCUGCACCGCUUGGUGAGUCACGUCAGAAGAAGAUGAGACGACGACGUAGCAAGUCACCUGGCAACAGUAAAAGACCACCAGAAGAAUUACGUCAACAUAUAGAAUUUGAUCUCUUAGAACCUUCAGAGGAGAUGACUGAAGACCAGCUGAGAGAGAUUCCCUAUGUUAAUGUAGAAACAAAGGCAGAGGCAUUUAAAGUGAAAUAUUCUCCCAGCAACAGAAGAAGAUACAGAUCUCCUAAACGAAAAUCUACUGGUGACUUGGACCAGAAUGGAAAAGGAGGUUAUAUAUUAGAGGAGCCUCCACCCCCACCUUACACACGCACCCCAGAGAGAACCCCCGAACCAACACAUAGACAGCCAACAAAAUCUGGAGGUUAUUAUAGUGAUACUGGCAGCUUGCCAAGACGUGGUCAGAAUCAUCAACUGUAUCCACAGCAAUAUAACAACACAGUAUCAUCACACUCCAAGCAUUUCAUGGCUGAUAUCAGAAGUAUUCCACAAUUUCAUGAAAACCAUUUAUUUUAUGAACCCAAACUUUCCCCACGCUAUCAGCUUCAUCCAAACCCUAUACAUAGAUACCACCCCCCACCCACUGCAGUGUUCAAGCCCAUUGAUGCAGUGGAUGAGAGAAAUUCUGUAAUGGAACAGAGAAAUAUGAACAGAUAUUCAACAUUAAGUAUGACUGUAAACAAUGUUGAAUGGAAAAUAAGUGUGCUACAUCAUUGUAUGACCUUCCACAGUUCCCAAAGCACUUCAGAUACUAAACUGCAUGACCUGCAAGGUCAAAGCGACUUUUCUUCUCAAGGUCAUAGUCAGCAAGGUGAAGGGCAUGACCUUACUGAAGAUAGAGGUGGAGAUCAGGGUUUAAACAAUUCUCAAAGCAGUGGUGGUACACUAAUAAAUACACCACCACGUGGACAUCCUCAUAGAUUUGGUACCCAAGAUGCAAUAGCUAAACUGUACAGCAGUCCGGCUAGAACAAGGAGACAGACCUAUACUGGAAACCAGCAAGGAAAUGAUUUAACCAGUCAAAACAUGCCAUACAACAGGAAUUAUGGACAAACCAAUCAGAAUAAGGCUUGGAACCAAAACAUUCCAGAAAGGUCACAUCAUGCUAAUUCACAGAUCAUUCCUGGUUAUGACAACAAUUCUAAUGUUGUGAAAACAAUGCCAUCAAAUAAUACUACGAACUCUCCAAGUCAGAAUGGUGUUCCAUAUACAAGAGACCAACAAAGAAUGUGUGGUGUGUCAGACAACAGGAAUGUCUUGCCUCAAAGACACCAAAAUGGAAUGGUUAAUAAUUCAGUGUCAUACAGUUCACAAUUUCCUGCCAAUAGAAUGUUUUAUACUCAGCCAGACAGUGCGCCAGUCAAUCCACCAGAAAACAGAACUUCACAGCAUUCAUCCUAUACUAGUGAUAAUAGUUUUGCAAUGAAAUCUUAUCCAUAUAGUCAAGGUAGACAGGGUGUGACUGGUCCUGACACAAACUCUUACUCUCAGAAUACAUUUUAUAACCAGUCUGAUUCUCAGAAUUAUAGUACACAGUCCACUUCUGAAAGUAGACUGGGACUACAACCAUCAUGGCAAUAUAUUGGAAAUGGUAGAGUACCAGGCUCAAAUCGUGCAGAAUCUGCUGGACGUGGACAAAGGGUUGGACAGAGAACAGGAAGUGCAUCUCCCAGCACACGGUCCCCGGCUACAACCCCAACUAAGAAAAAUAGACAUAUAGAAAUGUCACCACACAGGGGAACCAGGCCUCUUUCCACCAAUCAGAACAGUUCAAGUGCAGCUUUGCCCAAUUAUCAUUCACCAGAUAGUGCAAUCAGUUCAAUUACUAGUUUGUCUCUUUCAAAUGUGAACAGAUCUCCAAGUAAAUUAACAAGUCCUUCAGGAAAUGACAGUAUGUCUGAACACGUCAGUAGAGUUCGGACACCAGCUUUUGGCAGAUCGGAUAUCUGGACAGAAUUGUGAUACGUACUGUACAAAUUGUAAAUGUUGUCUAGUACUUUUGUAUUUAUUUUGUAUAUAAAGAAGCAGUUGUUUGUUGAUAUAAGAAUUUUGGACAGAUGUCUUCAAACAGUAUAGCAUACACAUGUCCCUGGUAUUUCUCACUAGUGUUCUUUAUGGUUUUGGUGGUGCACUAAAUCAAAGCUUCAGAAAACUGACAGGGCAGUGAAAUUUUUUCUGUUUUGAUCAUGUAGGGAAAAUGGUAUACUUACUAUACUUUUGAUAAAUGAUAUAAAAACUUUCUCCAAUAUUUUAAGGUGGAGAAGUAUAUAUCAUAUAUGGUCUCUGUUCAGAUAGAAAAAGCACAACAAAAAAGGUCUGAAUGAAUGCCCCUGAAAUCUGCCAAGUUUAGUAAUUUGAAAAGGUUAUCUUUUUCAGUAAUGAUCCUUUUUCAAAAUUUCAAUAGUAAAGGAUUAAAAUAGAGUUUUCAACUGAAAUACCGUUGAAAAACAGCAUUAAACCCAAAACAAAGGAAUGAAUUACAUUUUCUGUCUCUUCAGUUGGAGGUUAUUUAAGUUUUAAUGGCAUUAACUUCAAAUUUUACUUCUUAAGGCAUAUAACAAUAUAUUCUUUAUUAUACUUGUUCAUUUAGCCAGGAAAAAUUCAGUUGUGUUCAUUUGUGCUGUCCAGGACAUAAUAAUUGCACAUCCAAUAAAUUUAUAGAGAUCCUGCAAAAGAGAUAUGUGGGAAUUUCUUUUAUUCAUCAAUGCAUGCAUGCACUUUUACGUUUUUUAAUUUUUGUAAUGUUUGCAAUAAAUUUCUAUUUAUAAUGUGAAAAUACAAACCUUGAAAAACAAGAAAA